AUGGACUCAGCUCUUCAAACCCCAAUGUACUUUUUCCUCAGUCAGCUGUCCUUUAUGGAUAUGUGCCAAGUCCUUGUUAUUGUCCCCCAAACAGCAGUACAUUUGGUAACGCAGAAAAAAACAAUCACACUUUUUCAGUGUGCUGCCCAGAUAUUUUUCAUGCUGAACAUAGGAGGAGCAGAAUGUCUCCUUCUAGCUAUCAUGUCUUAUGAUAGAUAUGUGGCCAUCUGUAGGCCCCUGCAAUAUCCAGUUCUCAUGAGAAAAAGAUUCUGUUUAUUUAUGUCAGCAGGUGCCUGGGUCACACCUUUUCCAUAUGCCUUGAUAAAAGCCAUUUAUUUACUACUUCUCUCAUACUGUGGAUCAAAUGUGAUGAACCAUUUCUUCUGUGAAUUUCCCAUUCUGGUCAAGUUGUCGUGUUCAGAUACAUCCUUCUUUGAAAAGGUGUCACUGUUCCUUGGUGGCAAUUUAUUUCUUCUCUUUCCCUUUUCAGUCAUUGUAGCCUCCUAUGUAUCCAUCCUUUUGCAGAUCAUGAAGGCACACCGUUUGGCUGAAAGAAGCCACAAAGCACUGGACACCUGCUUGUCACAUCUAUGUGUGGUAACCAUCUUCUAUGGGUCAGCCAUUUUGAGACACGUAAACCCAUCAUCCUCUUACCCUGGUGAACAAGUGCAGAUUUUUUCUGCCUUGUGUACAAUUGCCACAUCCACAGUGAAUCCUUUCAUAUACAGCCUGAGGAACCGGGAUGUGUUAGCAGCAUUAGGAAAACUGUUUAGGAAGCGGAAAGUACUGAAAUGA